AUGGAUAUUUUGAAAUUCCAGCUGGUAAUAGUUACCCUGUAUACCCUGGUGUUUACAUGUCAGGGAUUGUCGUUUAGUGUUGACAAGGAACACUGGGUAUCCAAAGACUGGCAGGUAAGUGGAACAUUUAGAUUUCUAUUAUCAAGAUAUGAGUUUAUAUAAUUUGUAUAUUAAUGAUUUGAACCCAAAAAAAAAUAUUACGGAGCAAUAAUUGUCACAAUUGAAAAUGUAUUUUUCACUUGGACAAAUAAAUCAAUAAAAAAAUGUUUUGAAAAAUAAAUCUCUUUAAUCCUUUCCCCAGGAUGAAGGAAGAGAGGUCUCACUGGAAGAGAGGUUGGCCAGCCAAGUGGCUAGUAUGAUAAAGAGAUCCAAAGCCCAUCAGUUCUACGGGCUCAUGGGCAAACGCUCAGGUAAGCACUAUAACGUUCUGCCUGUCCAUUACAAGAAAGACUUGAAAGGGAUCUUGAUUGAGGUAGACUAGAAUACAAAUUGUUUGUGUACUGUAUGUUCAGUAUAUAUUAUAUCUAAUUGACAAGAAAAGCAAAUAUUUGGAGUGCUUAUCAAGUCCCUUUAAUUACAGACGUUCAGCAGCAGCCUAUUAGAGUGGAUAGAAGACGUAAGUAUAGCACACUGGACUAAUGAAAAAUACUUUUUAGAAUAGUGGUAGCCUAUACAGUACACUCUGGUCCACAUACUAUAUUGUAGAUUAUUCAGUAUCUAAAUCAUAUCAACAAAGCGACAAUGCAUUUCCUUUUAAAUGACUCUUUCCUGGUGUUGUCUUCAACAGGAAAUAAAGGGGAUAUGUUUGUUGGACUUAUGGGAAGAAGAUCACCAAGUGGGGGUAAGAAUUAUUACACUUCAUAUAAAAUCCUCUGUAGCUCAGUUCGUAGAGCUUGGCGCUUGCAGUGUGGGUUCAAUUCCCGGGACCACCCAUACGUAAAAUGUAUACACGGAUGACUAAAUCGCUUUGGAUAAAAGUGUCUGCUAAAUAGCAUGAUUUAUAUUAUAUUAAAUCUCAAGGCAUUUUUUGUUUGUUGACAAAAACACAGCAGAGAUAAGUAAAAUCUAAAACCGGUAUCAACCAUUGCAGUCGUGUGUCAUAACCAAAUGCUAUUUUGUUGCUGCAGAAUCGUUCACGAGGAUCAUUCCAGAUGCUCCAAGCACUGCGAUCGAUGUUGCUGAGGGAUCAGACACACAACCAGGUCUGUCGUAUACAUUGAUGUUAUAGUUAAAACCUGAGAGCACUUUGUAACAUUGUAAUGUACAGUUUGCACAGUAAAAUAUACAUGUAAACUUGUAUUCAUGUUGACUAAAUGCAAACCAAACAUUUUAACUGGUAUGUCAUAUUUUUAUUUCUUCAUUUGGCAGAUUCACAAAAGGAAUGGGACCAACUCCAGUAUUACUAAAGCUAGAAAAAAAUAUUUGUUUUCAUGACCUAUACAAUUUUGAUAUCGACUCAAAAAUGACUACCAUACAAAACGAAACAGUAUCUCAUACUUGUAAGAAGAAAAUGUCUAAGGUAUCAAAGUUCAUGCUGAUGAUUGUAUAUUCUAUCCCCAAAAAUGUACUUGUCUCUGCAAACAACCGCAACUGUGUUGAAUGAAAUAAAAUAGCCAGGAAUGCUGCAGCAUGUCAGAGGUGUGUCUUUCUUUUUGUGGACAAAGAAGCAAAACACUCAUCAUGUGAUCCACUAGUGUCAGAGCUCAGACGAGAUGUAACUACAUUCAUAGCUCAUCUUUAAGUGGAUCUUUUAAAACAAGUCACCAACUCAAAUUCUGUAACCUUCAUUGUUUAACAAUAUUUCAGCCAAGAAUCGAUUGAAUGGUGACACAUUACUAAAAUAUAAAUACAAGUCGAAAUGUAAAACAGGGGAAGAGAGUUCCUCCAGACAAAAAAAAACCAAGUAAGGGGCAGCUACUGGGUGGGUUUAAGGAUAGAAGAACAUUGUGGUAUUGAUAGGACUCCUAUCCCGGAAGGUGUGGUAGAAGAAAGUAGAGUCUAUUAAGUGGCUCACUUGUGAGCCUAUAGUCUAUGUCCCUUUGGGCGGCGUCCAUUUUAGCGAGCUGGGGUCGAUGGUUUUGUUGUUGCUGCCUCUUUUCGUCUCCUUGGCUUUCCACUCAUCGAUCAGGUCCUGUGAGGGGGGAGUUCUGUUCAAUUCAUUUAUUGGCCUUUUAGAGGAAUUUGUCUCGGAUUCAAGAGCACCGAGUCAAAGACGACAUAAAAUUACCAACAUUUACAGACAUGACAUACAGUGGGUCUCAUAAGUAUUCAUCCCCCUUGGAUUAUUAUACAAAUUUGAACAAAAUAAUAAAAAUUAAAUCACUAAAAUAUAGUUAUUGCUUAAGUAUUCACCCCCUUUCUUUAUGCAAGCCUAAAUUAGUUCAGGAGUAAAAUGUGGCUUAACAAAUCACAUAAGUUACAAGGGGUUGAAAUGAUUUUGGAAUGACUACCCCUUCCUCUGUACCCCAUAAAAGUGUAAGGUCCCUUAGUCAAGUAUUGAAUUUAAAGCACAGAUUUAACUACAAAGACCAGGGAGUUUUUCAAAAGCCUCAAAGAAGGGCAGUGAUUGGUAGAUGGGUAACAAUAACGAAUCAGACAUUGAAUAUCAGUUUAAGCAUGGUCAUAUUAAUAAUUAUGCUGUGGAUGAUGUAUUAAACCACCCAGACACAUCAAAGAUAGUCGUCCUUCUGAACUGAGCUACAGGACAGGAAGGAAACUGCUCAGGGAUGUCACCAUGAGGCCUUUGGUGAUUUUAAAACAGCUACUGAGUUCAAUGGCUGUGAUAGGAGAAAACUGAGGAUGGAUCAACAACAUUGUAGUGACUCCACAAUAAUGACAGAGAAAUAGAAUACAAAUAUUCAUAUUCCAAAACAUGCAUCCUGUAUGCAACAAUACACUAAAGUAAUACUGUAAAAAAAAACAUGGCAAAGGAAUAUACUUUUUGGCCUAAAUGCCAAGCCUUAUGUUUGGGGCCAAUCCAACACAUCACUGAGUAACUGCCUCCUUAUUUUCAAGCAUGGUGGUGGCUGCAUCAUGGUAUGGGUAUGCUUGAUAUCGGCAAAGACUGGGGAGUUUUUCAGGAUAAAAAGAAAUGGGAUGGAGCUAAGCAUAGGCAAAAUCCUUGAGGAGGACCUGCUUCAGUCUGCUUUACACCAGACACUGGGAGAGGAAUUCACCUUUCAGCAGGGCAAUAACCUAAACCUACAACACAAGGCAAAAUCUAUACUAGAGUUGCUUACCAUGCAGACAGUGAAUGUUCCUGAGUGGCCAAGUUACAGUUUUGAUAGAGCUUGAAGAAUUUUGAAAAGAAAAAUAGGCAAAUAUUGUACAAUCCAGGUGCGCAAAGCUCUUAAAAACUUACCCAAGAAGAUGCACAGCUGUAAUCGCUGCCAAAGGUGUUUCUAACAUGUAUUGACUCAGGGGGUUGAAUACUUGAAAGUACAGUAUAUUAAUGUUUUAUUUCACAUAAAUAAAUAAAAAAAUAUAUAUAUAUAUAUUCCACUGACAUGAGUGUUUUGUAGAUCGUUGACCAAAAAAUGAAAAUUAAAUCCACUUUAAAUCACACUUUGUAACACAAAAUGUGAAGAAAUCCAAGGGGGUGAAUACUUAUGAUACCCACUGCAGAUGACAACCGACAACCACAUACAACAGAUAGACAGCACUACAUACACACAAGCUACAGCAAAUACAUGACAAACACAGUGCAAAAUCAAAAGAUAGCUCAAAUGUUCACAGAACUCCUCCUUCCCAGGUUUUAGGUGCCUAGUCUAGUGCAUGUUGAGCAGUUUGUCAAAUGAAAGGAGGGUAUUAACUGACAAACUGGGCCGAAUUGUGAUGUCACACACACUGUUGGGUACAUGUGAUGGGGGACAACACAUUACUUAACCCUUUACACUCGGAGGAAUUGGCCUAUAUAGAUAGGCCCCAAUCACAGUUGCAAUUGAAAGGGAACACUUUGGAGAGGAUGAGGAAACUAUGUGAACAAAGGUGAGGACAACAGUUAAUCUGAGACAGGACCGAAUUCAAACAUCACGCUGCUGAUUUUAUGUGCAUUUGACCUUCGCUGUACUUUUUUGCAGCCAUUUUUUCGAUAGCGAAAUCUGGAAAUACUAUAACUCUGGAUAAAUUCAAUAAUAUAAGAAUAUUCAUGCAAAAUCUGGGGUAGAUACAACAUAAGACAUCAAAUUACAGGGGUUUGAAUGAAAGGUCUCGCUGGUGUCUCCAGUGGCCACUCACAGCUCUCCAAAGUGUGCACAGUCAUUUCAAUACACUUUUAUGACUCAGGCAGAGUAGAGCAUUCAACUAUUAGGUGCUUUUUUUUUUUGCUUUCCUGGCUGUGCCUUUGGAGGAACUGAAGCAAGCACACUUGUAGCUAGCGGGUGGUAGUCCCGUUUAGAACGUCUGUCAGUUGAAAGCUAUACAUCGUAAAGCGGAGAACCAGAGAUCUGAUGUAAUGUAUAGUAUGUUACUGUACAGCCACUGCGUACCAAUUUCAGCUCUUAUCAGUGACCAAAUCUCCCAUUUUGAUCCCGUACAUGGGCUCAGAGUGUAAAGGGUUAACCGAUGUUGAUAUUGUCAUGACACACACUUACCUGUCUCUUCAAGACGAGGUGCUUUCCCUUCCAGUACUUAAGCAUCUGCAGGGACUGCAGGGUGCUGACAAUGUCCACUGGGUUCACAGCUGUCUCCUGGCUGAUCUCUGAACACACACAAGUACGACAUACAGCUCUUCACACACUCAUUAAAAAUACGGAAUCCUGCCAAGAGUACCAUUUCAUAUGCUAUUCCUAAUCAUUCAAAUGCUUGGUAGUGUUCAAAUGAAAUUGAGGCUAACCUGAACAAGCUAAAUAAUUAACAAUAUUAAAUAAUCAACAUUUACAAACCAUAAAACAGAUUGAUAGGGCUAUAUACACACAAGCUACAGCGAAUACAUGACAAAUACAGUGCAAAAUCAAGGGUAGCCUUUCCAGGUUUACUGCAUGUUGGUUAAGCAGUUUGAUGCUCCACCUAGGGACUAAUUAGUUCGGAGAGGAGAAUUGGCCUAUAUAUAGACAGACCCAAAUUAAAACGGUUCCUAACAGAAAACAUUGCAAAUGCAUAACCAUAGUAGGAAUUUAAAGGGAACACGUUGGAGAUUAUGUGUGAGUGUCUGUGUAUGGUGUGUGUGUGGACCUGAACAAGCUACAUCAUUUGCCAGCGUCAUUUUCAAACCUCAACUUCGACCCCAAACUAAUUGUAGAUUGUUUCAAAAUGUGGCGUUAAGCACCCAAACAUAUUUGCAAAAAUUCAGUCAUCUAUGUCAAAUCCUUUGUCACCUUUGAUGGAGAUCUCCUUGCCCUGGAAGUUGUACAUGUAACGCAGCAGCACUUCUUUCCAGUAGCUACGGUAGCUGAUGAGGCCCAGGUCCGAGAGGGGCCUCUCUGGGGAGCCCACCUUCUCCUCCACCUUGGACAGCAGGUAACCUACAGAAAGGGGAUAGGGCAGGCAGGGCGGUCAGUAGCAGUUCUAAUAAACAAUGAGAUGGACUGCACUUACAUAGCAAUGAGACCUGGUGGAGAAAAGCAAAACAGCUAAAUUAACUGUAGUUUCUACUGCAAUAACCACGUAAUGUCAACACAUAAAGAACUUGCUUUCAGGGCAUUAAAGCCAGACAUAUUUUUUUUACCAGCACUUUCGGUGUUGUCUGUGUAAUUAAAAUCAGCAAGACUCUUUUGUUUUCAUUCCUGGGGGCUUAACAAAAUAUUCUGCAUCUGGAAAUUCCAACUGGCAGUAGUUACAAGGAGAAAACAGAGGUAGCCUAUACUUACUGAAGUCAAUCAGCAUCUUCCCAAAGCCCUGCCUCAUGUAUUGGGGCAUUGUCAGGAUGCAGGAGACGUUGUAGUUGAGGAAAGAGUUCUUCUCCUGAAAGAACAGAGGAUGUGUCUGUGUCUCAUCUUUAAAUCUAAAGCUCUAUUAUAAACCGUAUCAAAAAGUUAUGGGAGACAGGCAUCCACUAUCAAUGUGAAUGGAGUAUAGUGGGUGGAUACCUUAGAGAAGUAUCCCACAAGAUGGCAGCCUGUGUUGUCUGCCUCAGUCAUAACGUAGAACAGAAAGGGUUCCACGUCGUAGUACAGCGUCUUGUGAUCCAGGAAGAGCUUGGCGAGUAGACACAGGUUCUGGCAGUAGAUCUGGAAAAGGAAACCACCCACCAAUUAAAAUUCCCCAAAGACCUUGCCAGGGACAAUGUAGGGGCGGCAAGUAGAUAUGUCCUAAGCAAAGCACUUAACCCUAAUUUGCUCCAGGGGUGCCGUACUACCAUGGCUGACCCUGUAAAACAACACAUUUCACCGCACCUAUCCUAAACCAUCUAUUUAUAUUAUAUGUAGCUUGUUUUAUAGGAGUGCAAGGCACCCCUGGGGUUAGGGUCCCUGAAGAAAUGUGAGACAUGACAAAACGAAAGGUAAUAAUUCAACCAUGAUUAUUUAUUUGCUCUUUAGACCUGAGCCAAUAUACCUAUUUUGAAAAAUAAAAAGGAGACAGGAAAACAGCAUUCUUUGUGUACGAGUCCAAGUUUAACACAUUUACAUUUUACAUUUACGUCAUUUAGCAGACGCUCUUAUCCAGAGCGACUUACAGUUAGUGAGUGCAUACAUUAUUUUCGAACCCACAACCCUGGCGUUGCAAACGCCAUGCUCUACCAACUGAGCUACAUCCCUGCCGGCCAUUCCCUCCCAUACCCUGGACGACGCUGGGCCAAUUGUGCGCCGCCCCAUGGGUCUCCCGGUCGCGGCCGGCUACGACAGAGCCUGGAUUCGAACCAGGAUCUCUAGUGGCACAGCUAGCACUGCGAUGCAGUGCCUUAGACCACUGCACCACUCGGGAACAACUAAAGCAUAUAGGGCCCUCACCUUGUUCUUCUUGCCGUCCACCUCAAAGACAGAUAUGGCUCCCUUUCUGUAGACCUCAUCUCCUGGUGGAUGCUUCCACACACACUUGGCCUAACAAACACACAGGGAGACAACACUAUUGAUUUGCUCACUCAAACCCAAUUAAAGGCCUACUCUGAUAUUUACAGUCUUUUUUUAUUUAUUAUUUAAAACAUUGAUGUAUACAGGAGUGAUGUAGGAAAAUGAUGACCAGGCUGACUGUGCUGACUGUGCUACGUGUACACAAAAAAAGUUGACUGACAUUCUGGGCAGAGGUGCCAAGUACUGCGGCAGAUAGUCUUGGUGGUCUGUUCAAGGCUUAAGUGUGUAGUUACUCAAAGCAACAUGGACGCAGCUUAAGUUUUCAUUUAGCUAGCAAGCUUAAUUGUACAGCCAGCAUUUUGUCUAACUCGAUCCUUAUACAAUAAUCAAACAGUUGGAUAAACAAAUAAUUUGGGAAAUCACUUUUGAAACUAUAAAUAGUUUUAUACCCUUCCCCAGAUACAGUACAUAUCUCAUCACAAUUCUAUCUCGGAGAUCUACGGACAGUUCUUUGGACUUCAUGGUACAGUUUCUGCUCUGACAUGCACUGUCAACUGUGGGACCUUAUAUAGACAGGUGUGUUUCUUUCCAAAUCAUGACCAAACAACUGAAUUGGCCACAGGUGGACUCCAAUAAAGUUGUAGCGACAGCUCAAGGAUGAUCAAAGUAAAUUGGAUGCACUGGAGCUCAAUUUGGGGUGGCAUAGCAAAGGGGUGUGAAUACCUACGUAAAUGAGAUAUUUCUGUAUUUUAUUUUCAAUACAUUUUUUAAAAACAUGUUUUCACUUUGUCAUUAUGGGGUAUUGUGUGUAGACGGGUGAGAGAAAAAAAUAUAUUGAAUCUAUUUUGAAUUCAGGCUGUAACAAUUUUUUGGGGGAAAAAGUCAAGGGGUAUGAAUACUUUCUGAAGGCACUGUAUAUCUUACCAUGUGUCGUCUCAGAAUGGUCUGGCUCUUCAUGUACUUGAGGCAGAACUCGCAGACGUAGAGACGUCCCAGGCGGGCAUACUCCUCAGGGUAGGGCGAGUGGUACCACGUGUCCAGCUCGUAGCGGCCGAAAAGGAUGGUCUUGAUCAUGUUGCUGCCCUCUGUGAUCUGGCCCUGGAUCCGCAGCUUCUCCUGUGGCGUUUUCAAUAAGCGCGAAACGAGAGAGGAGAAAUAUGAAAUUCUUCUAAACUACCAAGAACAUCUUAUCUACAAUACAAUCUAGAUCACUAUUGGUUUAUUAUGCAUGAAGGAGGAAGGUGCACUGAGGUUUUUGUCUUACCAGAUCUUCAGAUGCGCGUGCCUGGGCUUUUCUGAAAAGCUCCAGGUCAUAGUCACUAGUGAUGUUCUCCAGAAGAGGUUCUCUGGUGUUGCCGUGGCUCUGUCGAUGCUCCUGUAGACGAGAUGGAAAGAAAAACGGCUGGGUGACGGAUUGCUGAUUGUGUCAAUAAAUGGGAUUUAUUCAAGAUACUCUUUAAAGAGGUAGGUUUUCAGAUGUUUUCGGAAGAUGGGCAGGGACUCCGCUGUCCUGACAUUAGGGGGAAGCUUGUUCCACCAUUGCGGUGCAAGGACAGAGAAGAGCUUUGACUGGGCUGAGCGGGAGCUGCCCUCCUGUAGGGGGGGAGGGCCAAGAGACCAGAGGAUCCCCAUAGCAAACAUGAUUCUCACUCUAGUCAUUUGAAUGGGGAGAUCUGUGCUGUGUCUCACCGUGUAUUUCUCCUUCUGCUCCUUGGGUAGCCCAGAGUUCCUCCCCUUCCUCAUCUCUGUCACCUGCUCUUUGUAUCUUGUCUGUUUUGAUGUGGGUGUCUGGUGAACACAACAGGAAUUCAUUGUGAUUUUAACUAUUUUUGUACAUUUAUUUUUUACAUGAUAAAAUUAAUCACCUUAAAAAGUACUCAAUAUUAAUUUAAUUCAUUUUACCUGAUGUCGUGUGGCGUGUCUGUUGCUUUCCUCCUGCACCUUUGUUUCUUCUUCGUGUUUCUCGCGAGUAGUUGCUUUCACCUAUCAAUAAAAAGGAUGAAUAAACGUAUUGGGCAUUUGAUUCUCUGUAGCUCUGAUUGUACGACACAAUUAAGUUAAUGUACCUCAAUAAGCACAUAAGCAAUGCCAAAUAUUUUUAUGACAUAUUUACCUUGCAUUCGUCAGCAGAGAGGUUAUGGUAAAGAGGGCAUCCUGAAACCGCAAAAUGGCGUUCGUGUUUCCCUGUUAGAUGUCCUGCAAGAAACAAGAGAGCAAUGAGUUUACAUAUAAUUAAUUUAAUUGACCAGAGAUAUUUCAUAAUAAGAAUAAUAACAAGAAUCAUUACAAGUCUUGUUGAGCAGCCACUAAAAUAGCAGUAGUGCCACUAACCAAAGGUAAAUUGUCUUACCCAGUGAGUUGCAUCCUGGCGUGGGACACUUCAUGUUAAAAUUGUAGGUCUCGUGGCAGCGGCGGCGCUUGGGCCGGUGGGAGAGGUCCUUGUCUGAGUCUCUGAGGGCGGGGUCCUUGGCCACGUUCUCGUCGUGGGAGGCGUUGGGGCUGGAGAUGUCCAGCUCGGACUCAGAUGAUGGGGCGUUGCCUGUGGGCGUCAACGGCGGAGACUCAUCAUGGUCGCCGACUCGCUUCACAUCUGGUGUGUCUACAUUGGCAUGUGGGAGAAACGGCACAACACUCAGCUACACUGACAACGUAGGAUACAAUAAUGGAAUCUUCUAG